CUCACUUUUUGAUUCCUGAAUAGCCAACGCAUGCGCCGUUCAUCACCAACUAAAAUAAAACCACAACAAUUCCUAGGAAAAUGACGGUCAAUACUGAGCCAGAAGCUUUAUUGUCUCAUCUUCAAAACGCUGACGGUUCCGCUACGUUCUCCUAUGCCGGGUAUACUGUCAUCGGGGCUGUAAAUGGGCCGAUCGAAGUGCAAAGACGAGAUGAGCUCCCAGAGGAAGCGGCCGUCGACGUGAUCGUACGACCAGCUGCAGGGGUUGGAGGCACAAGAGAAAAACACCUGGAGUCAUUAAUCCAGUCGACCUUGCGCCAAAUUAUCCUCGUCAACAACUUCCCGAGGACCCUCAUCCAGGUUAUCCUACAGGUCACUACCGCCCCGGAGAACGAAUAUGUAAACGCCAAAGUUGUGCAGGCUGGUUCGAACCUACCUAUCCUACCAGCUCUAUUGCAAACAGCUGUACUGGCCCUCCUCUCCGCUGCUCUUCCGCUGACAGCGACGUUGACCUCAACCUCCCUGGCUAUUGUCGCCGACGGCCAAUCGAAGAAGGUCCUCAUAAACCCUUCACCGAGAGAUAUACAGACAUCGGAGUCCUUCCACGUUUUCUCGUUUACCUCACACGAUGAACUAAUUCUUGUCGAAAGCGAAGGGAGCUUCACAAUAAAAGAAUGGGAUGACGCCUUUGUCGCUGCUCAGAGACAAUGUUGCUCACCAGCUGCCACGAGCGAUGGCGACACCCUCAUGGAUGAUGACAGCCGUGCUGGUGCGGACUUGAAGCAGUUUACACGAUCUACGCUCGAGGAGAAGACAGCUUCGGACCUGCAUUGGAAAUGAACGACACUGCUUCUAGUCUUAAACACUACAUCGCGGACCAACACGUGUCACGGGGUGUAUUCUAGGGAUGUGACUGGCUAGAGUCUGCACAGUAAAUGCGCCAGACCGCCGGUUCGGAUUAUGCCAGGUUGGGCGCUGGGUCCGUGUUGACAUGUUUGAUGCUCCCGAACGAAUACAUUGCUCCCUAAGAAGACAUUGAGGAUCGUCUCCUAGGAAUGGUGGAUCAUCGGCUUAAGUUGAUAGGGUCGCUCUGUUUACAUUGCAUGGCAAAAUGUUGAUCGGAUGUGCCUUUGGUGGACAAGCGGGACGAGCGGGAAAAGCGGCAACUAUUGCAGUAAGCUAACCAUAAGGUAUGCC